AUGGCAUCGUCUCCAAGGUCGGCGCUUUGUCUCUUGGCUCACUUGCUCCUUCUUUUCUCCUCAGUCUUAGCCACUCCUUUAACGCAUAACCGUACUCUUUCGGAUGACGAUGCUCUGGCAGAGCCAUGGACAGACAAGCCUUUCUACCUACGAAUUAUGCCUCUCGGCGCCUCUAUUACCGCAGGAGUCGGCACAGACCCGCAGAACGGAUACCGGAAACCCCUUCGAGACCAGUUAAGAUGGGAAGGCUGGCCAGUCAAUAUGGUCGGUAGCCAGUCGAAUGGCGAUCCUGAGAAGUUUAAGGAUCGGCAGCACGAGGGACAUCCUGGUGCGGUGGUGUCAGACAUGAUUAAAAACGCUGGUAUGGGGAUCGAUACGAAGCCAAAUCUAAUCCUCAUAAACUGCGGGACAAAUGAUGCCAAUCCAAAAACUGGCCAGGAUGUGGAUGGUACCGCAGCUCGAAUGGAGCUGUUACUUAAUUAUCUAUACGAGGAGGUCGAGGGUGUCACAAUUAUUCUAUCAACUCUGAUACCAUACCUUGAGAAUGAGGCAAACAACAAUGUCAACAAGAUCAAUCCUACUUAUCGGGAUUUAUAUAAGAGGUUCAGGGAUGCAGGAAAGAAGAUUGGGUUGGCUGAGUUGAAUAAUGGGUUUCUAGAUACUUCGACCGACUAUCACGACACUAUGCAUCCCAACGAAAAGGGCGCAGCCAAGUUGGCUGCUGUUUGGGAUCAAGCUAUUGCCGAGGUCGAGAAGGCGGGCUUUCUGACGAAACCGAUUGAUACUGGAGUCGACGACGAUACCACAGUCGACUGUGACCCAGAAAAGGGGGCUGGACGCGGCCCUGUUAAAACGCAGCAAGGAUGGGGCGAGGAUGAUGGGCCCUACAAGCACUUUCAGACAGUUCGGGGUUAUAUCACUGAGAGCGGAGCGUUCAAUGCCGGCAGCCGAGUAUCCUUUGCCCAGCUGGUGAACUUGGGAGGCGCAGACCCGGGAGGAGAAUUUGACGAGCUGAUCAACUGCGUUGACAAGGGCACAAGCGAUGAUCCGACGCCGGGAACUUGUCGUAUGUAUCUUAACGAUGGUGGCAAUAUCGCUGUAACAGGCGUUGCUAUCGAUGUGGGAUUGAAGUGUCUGAUUCGAGGACACCAUUGGGGCGACGUCAACGGCGACGGCCUUGACGACUUCAUCUGCAUCAACCUGGAUGGCAACAUGUAUGUGUCGAUCAACAGGGGCGGCAACCCUCCGAAAUUCGAGCCUCUGGAGAACGGUGGCCUUAUCAAGGAGGGAUAUGCAUGGGGUCCUCAAGAUAGGGUCCGUCUCGGCGACAUUGACGGGGAUGGGCGGCUGGACUAUUGCGCUAUUGAUGACAAGGGCGAUAUCUAUUGCUGGCGCAACGGCGGCGUGGGCGAUGCACCGACAGAGACGUAUGGGGGGUACUGGCAAAGCUUCGAAACAUUUGCCGCUAGAGGUGAAGCUGAAGGGAUCGGCGGUGUCAACCUCGUCGAUGUCAACGGCGAUGGCAGAUCAGACUGGGUCUACCUGCACAAGGACGGCUCCUCUGAAAUCUGGAUCAACCAGCGAGGAGAUUUUGAUGCCGACGGCAAAGGCCUACGACCUCAUUGGGUAGAGGCUACAGCGGCCCAUCCUGCAAUCCCCGAGUUGACAGAUAGAACGGAGCUCGUCUUUGGACGAAUAUCAGGCUCUGGGCGCGCUGACCUCAUCUGGAAUCGCAUAGCUGACGAGAAAUACGUUCAAUCUUAUGCCUAUACGAAUAAAGGCUCUGGCGGGACUCAGAGAAAAGGAGAUGGAGUCCAUUAUUGUGAUAUGUUCGGCCGAGGCCACGAUGAUUAUCUUUGGGUGAGCGCAGAGGGUGAAAUCACCUUGUUCGAGAAUAUCAAGUCCCCGCCUAACUGGGGACAACAUGGAAAGAUCAUCUCUAUCGGCCGUGAAAGGAAGAGCAUCCACUUUGGCGAUUGGGACGGGGACGGUCUCUGUGAUAUCCUUGCAGUCGAAAGGCAUACGGGGCGGGCCGAGAUGUGGCGCAACACUUACAAAGACGGAGCCCAGUCUCCCACGUUUUCCGGCCCAACCUGGGUAGUGAAUGACGCGCUGUGUAAGGAGGGCUGGGGCAGGGGUCUAUAUGACCAAGGUCUGAGGUUCGGAGACUUGGACGGCGAUGGCCGCGUCGACUACCUCUGCAUGGAGAAAGAUGCUCGAACUGUUGGGCACCUCAAUAAAGCCGGUGGCCUAGAGGACAAGGGCCAGAUCAAGUUCGCGCCAGCAGAAAGGCUCGACAGAGCAAACUUCAAAUGGGCCGACGUCAAUGGCGAUGGUAAGGUGGAUCUUAUUUGGGUUGAUAAGUUUAAGGCAGGGGCCCGAGUUUGGAGAAAUGGCGGCUUCAUCCCCGCAGGAGGGAGCAGCAUGACCUGGAUCGACCUAGGAACCCGCUUUGAAGGACACGGUCGCGGUCAGAAUAUCCAUUUCCCAACGCUCGGCGAGCUUGGCCGCGCCGAUUAUCAUGAUGUUUAUCCAGGGACCGCCCUCGCCAAUACCUGGUUCAACGAGUGCUCAGGAGGUGACGACUACCCCGAGCCUAUCGAUCCCGGAUUACCCAAACCCCCCGUUCCCAGUAUCAAUGUCUGCGAUAGUGACGCCACUUGGUCAAUCACUGCCGACAGCGCCGAUACGGAUAUUGUGGAUGAUCAAUAUACCACCGGCAUCAAGGAUGUUUUUGGAGACACAUGUAACUACGUUAACGUGGACGGUUACACAAAGUACGAAGAUUACGACGUGGGACAGCUGAUCGGCUAUUUAAACUGCGCGAAAUGGGACCGGGUGGAAUGUGUCAAGACCGAGCAUUCUCUUCAGCUUUGCUUUCUUGGGUUUGGUUUAAGUGUUUAUGCACAGUCACUAGUUAAGUGCUCUUAUUAUUGA